AUGCCUGCCAUGCAGGACAUCGCCGCUGGCACCCGAGGCAGCACGGGAGGCACAGUCUCACCCCGACCUCAUCCGGUGAUGUGGGCACCGCUGGUCCAUGCUCCCCUCCAGACGGCCGCUGCUACCACCAACGUGGCCAUUGCCUUGAUGCAUCAGCAACAGCAGCAGCAACAGUUGCAGCAGCAGCUACAACAGCAACACGCCCUUGGAGCUGCCAUCUUCCUUCCCUCCGCUUUUCCCAUCUCACCAUCACCUUCGUCCUGCCCGCUUUCUCCUCCCCGUCCUCCCAUACUACACCCUCGGCAGUCGCUCAGCUCUCUCAUCGGCGUAAUGGGCGGGAUGCCCCCCCGAGGAGUCCCGUCCUCUGUAACUCCUACACCCUCGCCCUCCACUAUUGGACCGACUGCUGUGGGCAUGGCUCCUUUAGGGGGUGGAGUUGCAAAAACUCCUCCUACACCUGCCUCGUCAGUGCCCGCCCCCCUGCAGGCUGGAAGAACACUUCAUUAUAGUUUCCGCCUCCACACAGAACCCACAACAUUACCUGUCCAUAAAGCCCCUCCUCCCCCUUCAGCAGUGGCGGCGAUGUCCGUCGAAGGGCACAAUGUUGGCUCUGCUCCGCAGGGGGCCAAAGCGGCUUUACUACGUCAUGUUGGAGGAGGCAGCACCCAGGGCCUCCCCAUGAUUGGUCGGCUUACCCAGGAGGCCAGACUGCUCUCCGCCUCCCAGCCGACUCUCCCCCACCGCAGCUGGGCGAGCGUGCAACCUCACCCGCCUCUCCAUCGCAAAGCAUCCGGAGGAAACCUGCUUCCGGCACCCUUCGCUUUGUCAUCAGGACUUGCUAGAGGAGGAAGUGCAGGUGUUUUGAGCUCAAACGCGCCUGGUGCCACACAGGUGCCGACACAAACACCCCUGCUGUUGGCACACACACCUCCACUCACAUCAGCUCCAGGAUCAACUCCGUCACCCCUUGCCCCCUUCUCGUUCUCCUCAAAGCAAACCCCUCUUUAUUCCACCAACCCUCCUUUAUCCCUCGCGGCCACAUCUUCUGGUCUAGGGGUUCCUCAAACCCAGCGAGCUAAAUCAGGCACUCCGAUACCUACUCCUCCUUCAACCUCUCCUCCUCCUUGCCUACGCCCUCCUUCUCCCUCUCAGUCCACCUCCACCUCUCCAACUUCAUCUUCCGGCACCUCUUUGGCUCAGAAUUCCCGUACCAAACCCUCUCAGACGCCUCCUCCACCGUCCCCAUUAUCCUGCACCACCAACUCAACGCCCACCAUCACUCCUUCUCAAACCCCCACCCCGACCCGAACCCCAACCCCCGUUCAAACCCCUAUUCAGACCCCCACCCAAUCUAGAACACUAGUGGCCAUCCAAACCCCAUCCCAGGGUCGGUGUCCAACUCCUGUCCAGAUCCCAGCAGCUGCACAAGCUCUGACCUCAACCUCCAUUCAGAGUCCGCUUCCCACUCAGACUCCAAGUAAACCUAUGAGUUCCACCAUGGGUCAGAGUGCUGCUGUCCAGAUGCCAGCCGCUGUCCAUGUUCUUGGUCCUCCUUCGACUUGUUCUGCAGUCUCCAGUCAAACCCAAACCUCAACUACCAUACAGACUCUGAGCCCUUCCUGGACCCCAGGCUCUCCCAUCAAUACUCCAGCCCAAAGUGGACCGUCAACCCCUGUUCUGAACCAGUCGCAGACACAAGCUCCACUUGCUAAAGCCCCUGCUGCUGCACCAUCACCUUCUCCUUCAUCAACUCCAUCUCCAGCUGCUUCACAGCCACAGAAGCCCGCUACUAGCCAGACUCAGACCUUAAACGUUCUGUCCACUCCAACCUUAAGUCCAUCUCCCAUUCCUGCUUCCACUGCCUCCUCAUCUACAGUCCUCCAGUCCAUCUCCACUUCAACAAAAGAGGCAAAGAAAGACCAGUUUGAAUUGCAGCGGUCUGACUGGUGAACCAAUGUAUUCAUGUUGAUCUCCAACAAAACAUGCAAGAUACAGUGGAUUCCAACCCUGCUUGUGGAGCCCCCACCACUGCACAUUCUGCAUGUUUCACACCUGAUUCAGGUCAUCAGCUCUUUAGUAGAGACUCCAAGACCUGAAAUUGGUAUGUAUCAGACAAAGGAGACAUUGAAAAUGUGCAGUGUUUGGGGACCUCCAGAAACGGAUAGGAACCACUGUGCUAGACAACCAGCAUGAUCUUUCUACAGAGGCCCUAAAGUCAUACUUAAUAUAUACGCUGUAUAAACGCUGGUCUUUUCAACAGGGAUCUGGUAAAUUAAUGCUUUUACAUUUUUCACAGAAUAGACGCACAUUCUGUCAUUUGCCAAAAAUGUCUUAAAGGGAAUGUAACAACUGCAAAACUGCCACUACUUUAAGAUGCAUUUGCACAGCCUUGUUAAAAAAAAAAAGUAUCAGAACACCAGAGAACGUUUUAUAAGACAUAUAACAUCUCCCCCAGAACACAAAUAGCAUUUUCUGAUCAGAUCACUCACAGCCUGGAGACUAUAAAAUGACCUCUCUAAGCCGAGCACCAGCUAGGGAAUUACCAUCACACCUUCUGUCAUCGAAUAUUAGUGACUGAACUUCUGUCACAGGAUUAGAAAUAUAGCAAAUCUUUUUGCACUUUAGUUCAUGAGUCUAAUAUAAAGUGUCCUGGAAUCCUUUGGGCACCAUACUGGAAUAAUACAAUUUGAGUCUGGAAAGUCGUUUCGACAGAACGAAUCUGUGUUGAUUUAGUGUACACUGCCUGUAAACUAUAAAUGGUGCAUUGUUCAUAGUGUGUUAAGCAGAAAAAUAAUUUCUACAUGAAAAAAAGAAACUACAAUUGUAUCCUUCUAACCAGUUUUGUGUACUUGUGUUUUGUCGUUCUCUUUGUCAAACCGUUAGCCAGAGAUUACCUGAUCAGUAUGCAAAUCAAAAGAUUUCAAAUCAAAUUUAAAAUCUCACCGCCUUGAGACGCGAGUGAAAAAUGACCAAAGGACAUAUUUAGGGAAUCAAAUGAUGAAGCAAUGCUACAGGAUUUCUUGUGUGAAUUGAUUUUGGCUUUAUG